AUGUCAGUUUCAGUAACACUCUCCCUGUUUGCUAUGGAACGUCGUUUUGCUCGUCAGGAAAAACUUCGGUUGGAUUACUGCAGUUUUAUGAAGACCUACCAGGAAUUAGGACACAUGGAGCGUAUCCCAGAAUCAGAGAUUGUGUCUACUUCUGGGAACACCUUUUAUUUGCCGCAUAAUGCUGUUGUGACAAACAAAUUAAGGGUUGUGUUUGACGGGCCACAUAAGGAUGCAAGUGGUGCGAGCUUGAAUGAGAUGCUGCAUAUAGGACCUCCACUCCAGCGGAAUUUGAUUAAUGUCUGUUUGCGUUUUAGGGUCCAUCAAUAUGUUUUUUGUGCCGAUAUUGUUAAGAUGUUUCGGCAAAUUUGGGUCGAUAAAAAACAUAGGGACUACCAACGUAUUGUAUGGAGAGAAAACCCUAAUGAACCCAUUGGACACUAUAGGUUGUGCACAGUCACCUACGGUACUUCACCUGCUCCAUUUCUGUCGAUGCGUGUCCUGAAACAACUUGCCUUAGAUUACAAAGAUCGAUUCCCUAUUGCUUCACAUUCUAUACUGCAUGAUUUUUAUGUUGAUGAUAUCAUGACAGGCUCGGAUUCGGUGUCAGGAUUUUCCGAUGCUUCCCAGAAGGCAUAUUCAGCGGCUGUCUACAUUCGCAUUGUAUCUGAGAGGGGAGAGAUCGAGGUUCAACUGGUUGCUGGUAAAACCCACGUCGCCCCUGUAAAGCAGUUAACUAUUCCUCGUCUUGAACUUUGUGGGGCACUUCUGUUGACUCGGCUAAUUGUGUUAGCGUGGCUUUCAUCUCCUCCUCGUCGAUGGAACACCUUUAUUUCCAAUCGAACCGCUGAGAUUCUUGAUGAGCUACCCCGUUCCGAAUGGAACUAUAUUCGCUCUGAGCAAAAUCCUGCUGAUUGUGCAUCGAGAGGGGUUGAACCUCGGAACUUGUUGCAGUUAGGUAUCUGGUGGAAAGGUCCAGAUUGGCUUUGCAUGGAAUUUGAUUCUUGGCCAAUUUCAGCUGUUAGUGAGGAGAUAGAAGAAGUGCCUGAAAUGAGAAAGCAAACUGUUGUUGCCCAUGUGCUGUGUGUCCAAGAAGGACUUCUUGACAAACUAGGAAAACGAGUAUCUUCUUGGUUCAAAGUUCUUCGAGUUGUAGCUGUCUUUGUUCGGCGGGCCAGAAAUAAUCAUCUGCCUCCAGAGGAACGUAUGCGGGGCUUCUUACGCUCCUCAGAGUUGCUUUACGCAAAACAGAAAUGUCUCUUAUGGGCACAAGAAGAGUUUUCCGAGGAGAUACAAUCUUUGAAAACCGGAAAAUGCAUCUCUAGUCGUUCUAAACUAUCGUCUUUGUCGCCGUUCCUUGAUGAUGUUGGGCUGCUUCGUGUCGGCGGCAGAAUUUCGAAUGCGGUUGAUGUUUCCUACAGUUUAAAACACCCUAUUAUAUUGCCUGAAGGUCAUGCGGUUUCUCGACUAAUCAUUCAGGAUGCUCACACUAAAUUCCUUCACGCAGGUGUAUCGGAGCUCUUUUCGUUGAAACGGCAAGAGUUUUGGAUUUUCGGGAGCAGAAACCAUAUACGAAAGGUUGUUCGAGAAUGUUUGGGUUGUUUUCGACAACGUCAAGCUACAUCGUCACAACUCAUGGGAAACUUGCCUUCUUCUAGGCUAUCACCAUCUUUUGCAUUCGAUCGUACGGGCUGUGACUAUGCUGGACCAAUAACACUUCGACUCGCCAAAGGAAGAAAUACUGGGUUUGUGAAAGGUUACUUCGCAUUGUUUGUUUGUAUGGUGACAAAGGCAUUGCAUUUGGAAGUCGUCAGUGACCUGUCUACCGAUGCCUUUUUAGCAGCUUUGAGAAGAUUUGUAGCAAGAAGGGGAAAAUGUAGCAUCAUCUACUCGGAUAAUGGUACAAAUUUCCAGGGAGCAGCGAGAACCUUGUGCGAAUGGUACAACCUGGUACGAUCCGAGGAACACAACCAUAAAAUUUCUUCAAAAUUGGCAGCUGAUGGUAUCAAAUGGGAAUUUAUACCACCACAUAGUCCUCAUUUUGGGGGACUCUGGGAAGCGGGGGUAAAAAGUGUUAAACAGCACCUACGGAGGAUAGUAGGGAACAAUGUUUUGACCUUUGAGGAGAUUUCCACUUUACUUUCCCAAAUUAAAGCAUUAUUAAAUUCCAGGCCACUUUGUGCUAUUUCCGAUACAGAUUUGAACCCAUUAACACCAUCUCAUUUCCUUAUAGGUAGACCAUAUACGGCUAUACCGGAGCCCAGCUGCCUUGAGAUACCACAAAAUAGACUUGGAAGGUGGCAACUCAUACAAAAUAUGAUGCAAGGAUUUUGGCGUCGAUGGCACUAUGAAUACCUAACGUCACUUCAAGAGCGCGCUAAAUGGCAAAAGAAGACCCCGAAUUUUAAAGUUGGUGACCUAGUAGUCAUAAAGGAGCCAAAUAUUCCACCAUCCAGAUGGGCGCUAGGACGAAUUCUAGUCCUUCAUCCCGGCGAGGACGAUCUGGUGCGUGUUGUGUCUCUUCGCACCAAAAAUGGAAUAUUCAAGCGACCAAUAACGAAACUGGCUAUUCUUCCUUGUUCCUGA